AUGCGCUCAAACAUGGGUAAUUUGCGUCGAAAGACUCAAAAAGAAGCUAUGCUUAUCAUAGUAUGUGCACAACGAGUUUCUCAUUUGGGAGCCGAUUCGUUUUCGUUUGCUUGCGGCAAGUCUCAAAUACCGUCUAAAGUAAGCGUUGCUCAUUCUCCAUUCUUUCAAGCUUCGAAUUGGAGCGCGAUGUAUGUAAGGAUAUGCAGCUGA